CCUGCUGUCGGGCCACAACCCGAGCAGGAAGGCGGGUGCGCAGGCGGGUGCGCGGGCGGGUGGCGGGCACCAUGCAGGGAGGCUGCCAAAGGCCGUGGGCAGCGCUGCUCUCUGCCGCCCACCUGGCGCUGUGAGACGCGCGCUGCCACCAUGUUCCCCAGCCCUGCGCUCACGCCCACGCCGUUCUCGGUCAAAGACAUCCUGAACCUGGAGCAACAGCAGCGCAGUCUGGCUGCCGGCGAGCUCUCCGCGCGCCUGGAGGCCACCCUGGCGCCCGCCUCCUGCAUGCUGGCCGCCUUCAAGCCCGAGGCCUACGCGGGGCCGGAGGCCGCGGCGCCCGCUCUCCCGGAGCUGCGCGCCGAGCUGGGCCCCGCGCCCUCGCCCGCCAAAUGUGCGCCAGCCUUUCCAGGAGCCACCGCCUUCUAUCCGCGUGCCUAUGGUGACCCCGACCCUGCCAAGGACCCUCGAGCAGAUAAGAAAGAGCUGUGCUCACUGCAGAAGGCGGUAGAGCUGGAGAAGCCGGAGGCCGACGGCUCGGAACGACCCAGGGCGCGACGGCGGAGGAAGCCGCGCGUGCUCUUCUCGCAGGCGCAAGUCUACGAGCUGGAGCGGCGCUUCAAGCAGCAGCGGUACCUGUCGGCGCCCGAGCGCGACCAGCUGGCCAGCGUGCUGAAGCUCACGUCCACGCAGGUCAAGAUCUGGUUCCAGAACCGGCGCUACAAAUGCAAGCGGCAGCGGCAGGACCAGACUCUGGAGCUGGUGGGGCUGCCCCCGCCGCCGCCGCCGCCGGCCCGCAGGAUCGCCGUGCCAGUGCUUGUGCGCGACGGCAAGCCGUGCCUCGGGGACUCGGCGCCCUACGCGCCGCCUUAUGGCGUGGGCCUCAACGCCUACGGCUACAACGCCUACCCCGCCUACCCGGGUUACGGCAGCGCGGCCUGCAGCCCGGGCUACAGCUGCGCCGCCGCUUACCCGGCCGGGCCGCCGCCGGCGCAGUCGGCUACGGCCGCCUCCAACAACAGCUUCGUGAACUUCAGCGUCGGGGACUUGAACGCGGUGCAGAGCCCCGGGAUUCCGCAGGGCAACUCGGGAGUGUCCACGCUGCACGGUAUCCGAGCCUGGUAGGGAAGGGUCCUACCUGGGGCGCCCCGAUCGAUCCCAUCUCUAGAGAGGGACACUGACUCGGGGGAGGGAGGACCCCCUGACGCGUCUCCGCGUCCCUUGGAUUUCACAUUCGCUCCCGCGGGGACCUAGGAGCUUUUUCCGCCCGAUGCCCCUUUGUCCCCAUGCUCGGGAGAGUUUGUGGCCGCGUUUACAGAGCUUGCGGCGAACGAUCGCGCAGUCUGGUGCCUCAGCCGGCGCCCCCUGAAGGCCCUCCAAACGCCCGCCCGCGGGCACCCCCAAAGAGCUGAACACGGGCCAGUCGGGACUGGGAGCCCGGGUGCACCUUUCUUCGAGCCUGGGCCCGGCGCCCGGGCCCUUGCUGCCUUGCCGCCGCCCACCCACCCGUAUUUAUGUUUUUACCUUGUUGCUGUAAGAAAUGGGAUUCCCUUUCUCAUUAAAGAGAGUGCGCUGAU